AUGGCCGUGGUCGUUGAUACAGGACCUCUAAUAAAAGGAAAAGACAUCCGAUCCCUCGGCCAAGAUUUUUACACAGUUCCACAAGUAAUCCAAGAAGUCCGUGAUAAACAUGCACGAGCCCUUUUAUCUCUUCAUCUGGAAGAAAUAAAAACAACAGAGCCCACCGAAGAAGACCUCUCAUACACAUUAGAAUUCGCCAGAAAAACAGGUGACAUUCGCAGCCUAAGCGCCACAGAUAUCAAAGUAAUUGCUUUAGCCUGCCGUUUAGAGCGAGAACGUGGGGGAUUAUUAAAAUCCGAGCCAGGCGAAAUCAGAAGUAAUGAAAACCAAGUCCAUAGAAUGGACAAUGAAUGGAUCACCCCAGAAAACUUUAAAUCAACUCCAGACUCACGCGUCUGUGUUCUUACCCUUGAUUAUGCCAUACAAAACGUCGCCAUACAAAUGGGGUUAAGAUUAUUGUCAUUAGGAGGACUGGAAAUAAAAUACCUCAAAAGAUGGGUACAAAAAUGCAGGUCCUGCCACGAAAUUUGUGAAGACCCAGAAAAAGAGUUUUGUGAGGCUUGUGGAAAUCACACGCUUUAUAAAAUAAGUUAUUCUAUUGAUGCAGAAGGAAAAACACAGUACCAUGAGCCGAGGAAGACGAAAAAUAAUUUGAGAGGGCAGGUGUAUAGUCUGAGCCUCUUUUUGGCUCAGGUUAUAUGUUGACAUCUUCUGAUAUCAGCAAUAAGUUGAUUUUACCAACUCCCCAGGUUCUAAAUCUCCAGCAGUAAGUAUAGAUGCUAUCUGGGCGACUUCGGGAUAGCCCAAAGCCAAAAGGAGACUCGAGCUAUAUCCUGUCCCGACACCUAAAGGAGGGAAAAAUAAUAGUGAUCUUAUACUGAGAGAGGAUCAGCUGCUUAUGAUGGGAGGAAGACAGAAUAAAUGGAAUUGGAAAAAGCCUGAUGUGUAUGAUCCUGAGUCAAUUGAAGCUUUUGGGUACAAUUUGCAAGUAAAGAAUCCUCAUAAGUAUGGCCCUGACAGGAGAAACCCGAAUGAGCCGCUCAGAAAGAGCAAGAAAAGGUCAUAA